CAUCCGAGUCCAUUUUGGCCGGGUGUGUUAUUUGUCAGAUGAAAGUCGUGGGCGGAGGGGCGACGUCGAGGUGCAAAGUACUGAGCCGGGGACUUUGAGUUGCGUGCCAGCGGGUUGCUGUGUCACAUGACUCUUUGCCAGGGAUCCGGCGACUGCCAGGCGCCACGUCAUGCAUGAGCACUCAAUGGCAUCUCGCUUUGGUGACAACCGCAAGUCCGUCCUCGGCGACCUCACCAUCCUCACCGGCGGCCAGGUUGUCACCAACGAGCUCGACAUGAAGCUCGAGCAGCUCACCCCCGACAUGCUUGGCUCUUUCGGGUCCAUCACCAUCACGAAGGAGGACACCAUUGUCCUCAACGGCGAGGGCUCCAAGGAUGCUAUCCAGCAGCGCUGCGAACAGAUCCGCUCCCUCAUUGUGGAGCCCACGACAAGUGAGUAUGACCGUACUAAGCUCCAGAAGCACCUCGCGAAGCUCUCGGGCGGUGUCGCGGUCAUCAAGGUUGGUGGCUCUUCCGAGGUCGAGGAGGGUAUCCUCCCCGGCGGUGGUGUCGCUCUCCUCAAGGCAUCCCUCGCCCUCACCAGCAAAGCUCCUGGCUCGCAGGCGACGGCCUCGCCCGACGUCAAGCCCAUCCCGACCGCCAACUUCGACCAGGACCUCGGUGUGUCCAUCAUCAAGCGCGCGCUCUCGCACCCCGCACGGACCAUCCUCAAGAACGCGGGCGAGGAAAGCUCUGUCCUCGUCGGCACCAUGAUCCAGCAGUACGGCGCGGAGGACAAGUUCGCUUGGGGCUAUGACGCGAGCAAGGGUGAGUGGGUGGACAUGAUCAAGGGCGGUAUCGUCGAUCCCCUCAAGGUCGUUCGUACCGCGCUUGUCGACGCGGCCGGUGUUGCGAGCUUACUCACCACAAGCGAGGCGUGCGUCGUCGAGGCUCCGGAAGAGAAGGCUCCUGCGGCACCGGGCGACGGUAUGGGCGGCAUGGGCUUCUGA